UCCGCGCGCUGCGCACCGGGCACGCGGACUCCUCUUGCUCCUUUUGCUCUCGCGAGAGCUUUUGUUUUUUUUAUCUUUAGGGGAGUUUAGUUGCUGUUUUUUUAUUUUCUUUCUAAAACAAUCUAAACAGACACACGUUGAGUACAUAACUAGCUAGUUAACCCUCCAUUCCCCUCUGUCCUUUUCCUCUUCUUCCACUCUCUCUCUCUCGCUCUCUCUCUCUCUCUGUUUCGCUGUGGCCGGCUGCUUUAAGAGCGCGCGCGCGCGCGUGCACGCGCGUCCUCCCUGCUCCUCCAGUUCCAAUCCGGCGCGAUGCACGCGCUGAAAGUUGUUGGGAUCGCUCGUGAGGAAGGGACUGUCGCGCUCGUGCGGCGGCUUUAACGGGAGCCGGUCCGGUGCAUGCGUGCUUUUUUUCUUUCUUUCUUUCUUUCUUUCUUCGCUUCUUCUCUACGGACGGCGGUGUGAGUGUGUUUGCGAGCGUGCGCGCGAGUGAGUGUGUGCGAGUGAGUGAGUGUGUGUGUGUGUGUGAGUGUGUGUGAGAGUGUGUGUUUGAGUGUGUGUGUGUGUGUGUAACUCGAGGCGGGGUUAAAGUUCACCUCUAUGGAGCCGUGAAGCGCUGCUCGCUCGCUCGCUCUCGCGCACUUGGAAAUGUGAAAGCAAGAAGCAGCUUUUAUUUCAUUCCCCCCUCUCUCUAUCUAUCUGUCUCUCCCUCUCUCCCUUUUUUCUCUCAGUCUCUCUCACACUGUCUCUAUCUCCCUAUACCUUUCAAUCCCUCUCUCUCCCCUCUCUUUAAUUCUUUUUUCCCCUUCUUCUCUUCAUAUGCACGGACACGGCAAUCAACUCGCACGCGGACAGACAUAACACACACACAUACAUACACACACACAUAUAUAAAGACGCACAUUCGUCACGCGCAUACACAGCCACAACAAAUCCAACAACUACAGAUAUGUAUUCUCCGCUAUGCCUAACACAGGAUGAAUUCCAUCCUUUCAUCGAAGCGCUGCUGCCCCACGUGCGAGCGUUCGCCUACACCUGGUUCAACCUGCAGGCCCGCAAGAGAAAGUACUUCAAAAAGCACGAGAAGCGCAUGUCCAAAGAAGAGGAGCGCGCGGUGAAGGACGAGCUGCUGGCCGAGAAGGCCGAGGUCAAGCAGAAGUGGGCGUCGCGGCUGCUGGCCAAGCUCCGCAAGGACAUCCGGCCCGAGUUCCGCGAGGACUUCGUGCUCACCGUGACGGGGAAGAAGCCGCCGUGCUGCGUGCUCUCCAACCCCGACCAGAAGGGCAAGAUGAGGAGGAUCGACUGCUUGCGCCAGGCAGACAAAGUGUGGCGCUUGGACCUGGUCAUGGUGAUUUUAUUCAAAGGUAUUCCGCUUGAAAGUACUGACGGCGAAAGGCUGGUUAAAUCUCCGCAGUGCUCGAACCCAGGCUUGUGCGUGCAGCCGCAUCACAUAGGAGUUUCAGUAAAGGAGCUUGACCUGUACUUGGCCUACUUUGUACAUGCAGAAGCAUCACAGUCUGACAGUCCGAAUCAGCCCAGUGAGGGGGACAUUAAGGACCAGCCAGAAAACGGACACCUGGGCUUCCAGGACAGUUUCGUCACAUCAGGUGUCUUCACCGUCUCUGAACUUGUGCGAGUCUCACAGACCCCCAUCGCAGCAGGGACGGGCCCUAACUUCUCAUUGGCGGACUUGGACAGCUCUUCUUACUACAGUAUGAGCCCCGGGGCCAUGAGGAGGCCCCUACCCAGCACGUCUUCAAGCAGUUCUGCGAAGCGUAUUAAAUGUAUGGAAGAGGAGGUGGACAGUCCAGGGGAGGAGUCUUACUACCCCAGCCAGGGACGAUCACCGGGCAGCGGCAGCCAAGCCAGCAGCUGGCACGACGUCGAGCCAGCUGGAUAUAAACUGCGUGGCUCGCUAGCUAGUUCAUUCAUCUCAAGACAAGGAAUGCCGUCGCCCACCACAUUAAAGAAGUCAGAGAAGUCUGGUUUCAGCAGCCCCGUGCCUUCGCAGACCAACUCCCCCCGAACGGCAUUCACACACCACCACCGGCCAGUCAUUACAGGACCCAGAGCGAGUCCUCACGCCACGCCGUCAAGUCUUCAUUUCCCGACGUCGCCAAUCAUCCAGCAGCCCGGCUCCUACUUCUCCCACCCCGCCAUCCGCUACCACCCGCAGGAGACGCUCAAGGAGUUUGUCCAACUUGUCUGCCCUGACAGUGGUCAGCAAGCAGGACAGGUGGGCUUCCUGAACCCCAAUGGGAGCAGUCAGGGGAAGGUUCACAAUCCCUUCUUGCCCACUCCGAUGUUGCCCCCUCCGCCACCCCCGCCCAUGGCCAGGCCUGUGCCGCUGCCCGUGCCGGACUCCAAACCGCCCUCCACCUCGGCCGAGGGAGGGGGCAACUCUCCCACCUCACCAACCUACUCCACACCGAGCACGUCCCCCGCCCAGCGCUUUGUCAGCGUGGGCCCCAGAGACCCCAGCUUUGUAAAUAUCCCUCAGCAGCCUCAGUGGUACCUGGGCUAAAGACUCCAGACUCGGACCGGCCACUCCCAAGCUCAGUUGCCCCCCACUGUCUCCCCUGAGUGUGACCCGUAAACAUGUCCACCAGUGUGACGCGCCAGGAGCCGCUCGUUGCCCCAGCACCCGACAGACCCACAGCAUGGCUACAGCAGAACCCUGCCCUGCCCUGGAAUCAAACAAACAAACAAAAAAAAAUACGAACCGUCAACUCAACUCAACGCUUACGACCGACACACUAUAUCUCUAUAUAGCCCACAUGUAUUCCUCCAGAUGUAUGGUUUCCAUGCCUAUAUUCAUAUAUACGAACUGUCUGGCUCCCUCUUCUCUCCUGGAGACGGAGCUCAAAAAAGGAGCGCUAUGAUUUACUCAGAAACAUGAGAACAUGCAUGAUUUGGGGGUUUUCUUUUUCUUUUUUUUUGUUUCGUUUGGUUUUUCUCUCUGUUCCUGUUUCUUCUGAGGAGGAAACACUCGGAAAACGUCCUUCCGCUGAGAGGAUGGAUCCCGCAGCCAAGCCUCUUCACUACACCGUUUUUCUGAAUUUGGUGCAGUUUUCCUCAGUUUCGCGCUCGCGACCAUCCCGGAUUGAUUGAGUCUUUUCUGUGCCCGUCGGCGCUCGGCAGAUAGAUGGAUGGGAUCUGACGUCGGAGCUGGAUCUUCAGAAGCCUGGUCCUGGUGGUGGACUUCAUGCAGAGACGUUUUGUUUUUUGGUUUCUUUGUUUGUUUGUCUUGUUUUGUUUUUUUUAAACCCGGAUCAGACAGCACCAGCUAAAGCCUCUCAACUCUAAAGACUCUCAACGAUAAGUUCUGCUCUGAUCAGGACUCAACCCAACCAACCUUCACCGCCCAUCACCACCACCACAUUCUUCACAUUCACUACAUUCACCACGUUUCCUACGUUCAUGCGCAUGCUCCACAAAGCCCUGCGAGGACAGCCCUGCGAGCAGCGACUACAGGAAGACCCUCCACUACCCUCCAUCUCCACACAGCCCAAACUCACAGCCCACACACACCUAUAUACAUACAUACAUACAUAUGGACACACACCUACACACCAUUGUUCUCAGUUUUGGUCUCUGUCACAGGGCAGGGAGUGGAAUCUGAUCACAGAUGAUGACGAUCAUGAUGAUGGUGAUGAUAAUCAGAUGUUUCAGAUGUCAUUUGUCCAGCUGAAUUAACAGGAGCUCAGAAGGCUACAAAAUGAAGGAUUCAAAUGGGAGAUGAUUUUGUGUUAAGAAAAAAAAAAAAAACUCAUUCAUAUUUUGUUGUUGUUUUUUUUUUUUUUUUUCGUUUCGUUUUGUAUAGAGUAAUUUUUGGUUGUUUUUAAUACUACACCACAGGUCUGUACAACAACACUAUAGCGAGAAAGAAAAGGACGGAUAGAAAAGUGCGAGCUUCCGUUAAAAACAAACAGAAAAACAAAAAAAACUGACGAUUGGAGGCAAACAGUGGAAUUGUAUUCUGAAUUGAGGAAAGUGCAAUUUUGUUGGAUAGCUGUUGGAUUGUUAAAUAUCUUUGUAAGAUAGAUCGUUGCAACGAUUGUUGAGAAGUAUAUAUAUAUAUUUUUUUCUUCCUAGUCCGUUCACACCUCUGGGACUCUAAAAUAUUGGGGUACAAAAAAAAUGAAUAAUAAUAAUAAUAGAACAAAUAGCCUUGUGUGAAAUAAGGGGAGCUGUACUUGCUUUGUAUUAUGUUUGUUUGUUCAUCUUUGUAAAAAAAAAAUUGUUAGAACAAAUAUCCCUUUAAAACAAAUCUUGCCAUUUAAACAAUCAAAUUUCUAAACACUCGUUUGGACGCGUUGACGUUAAAACUGCUGUGCGAGUUCGUUUCCAAAACACUAAGCUAAUUAACUUAUUUUAAACAAAGCACAUAAUAAUCUAGGAGCAGUAGGCGCUGUUCCUUUUCUCUUCAUUAGGCGUAUGGAACGUUAGAACAACUCAACCGUGUCAGAAGCUUAUUGCCAGCCAGUUGAAGCUCUGGUCCUGGUCCUGGUGCUGAAGGACAAGUGUUGAUGGAGGCCCGUGUGUUUAGAGACGGGUCUGUCUGAGCAGAAACACUAAUUUUAAUCUGGGGCAGCGUUUGUAUCCUUGUUUCGUAUCAUGAAACAAUAAGAAAUAAUAGGAAUAAUAAUAAUAAUAUUAGUAAUAAAUAAUGAGGACAGGAAGAAGAAGCUGGUCCUAGAACCCCUUUUAGAUGCACAGAAUGAUGGAUUCAUUUGGAUUCUCGUGCCUGUUGUGGGACCGCAGGCUGGCGGUCGUUACGGUCGAUACAGUGGCAGUAAACUUCUCCGUAAACCUUUUUUAUGAUGAAGGUGUUGAAAAUUCCGGAGAUAAUCAGACGAUAAUCAGAUAAGAAAAGAGCGCAGAGCAACCUGGAGAGCGAAGCUGUUUUUUUUUCUCUUUACUUUAAAUCCAAUUUAAUCCAUCAGCUUCGACUGGCUUUUAUCGAGUUCACUUUUAUCGUUUUGACUUUUGGUUCUUUUGCUUCCUGCAGUACUUUAUGUAUCACUUACAGACUGACUCAUCAUCCACCAUUGAUCAAAUCGCGAAAAAAAAAAAAUGAUAUAAAAAAAUGACAAAAAAAAGAUGCAUGUUGUAGUGUUAGUGAGAGAUUUUUACCUAGAUUAUGUAGAGUUCAAGGUAGUGUGAAUAAAAAAAAAAACACAAUAUUGUAAUCCCAACACCAGGCACUUGCCGAUAGAGUAUUCGUAUAGAGUUCGGCCCUUUAAAAAAGGGUAUUUUUACUGCUGUCCUCACAAUCAACCAGCUGAAGUUCAGUGUCAAGAUCUUUGUUGAUCUCCUUCGCUUCUACUCAUCUCCGUACAUCACCAUCCCUCGCUUCUUCUCCAUUGCCGCGAAACAAUCAGGCUCUUUUUUUGUGUUUGGAAACAAAAAAAAAAAGCAGCAAAUUCCACUUUCUUCUCCUCACUCUCGUGCGAAUUCUCGAAUUGCACGGAAAAAACUAACGUUCCUCAUCGAUGUGCCUUGAGCGAUGGCCUGGUCCUGAGUUGAUGCACAAGUUGCAAUACGGAGAACUUCUUUACUUUUUAACACCUCUUUCCCACCUUUAUCCUGCAGCUUAGGGAAACUGGAGAGCGAGAAAAAAACGACGUUAACAACUAACUAAGAUCCAACUCUCUACUGUACUGUACUGUAUCCCACAGUAACACACAAACACAUAUACAAUGUGUGAGAGAAUCGUACUACUCCGUAAAAACACAGAAAGAAGAAGGUCCUACAACAAAGGCUUCUAUGAGUGAAGCCACAGAAGAACCACUUUUGGGCAGAUAAAUAACUUUUAUUUUUAAGAGCUGUGACUAUGAAGAACCUUUAAACUAGGGCUGCAACGAUACAAUCGGUAAUUUUUAGCAGUACCACAUUACACAAAGUGCUGGAGACAGAAAAAAAAAUGGGAGAUAAAAGGGUAAAAAAGCUCACUCUCACAGUUUAAACUCAAUUUAUCCUAGUCUGUGUCAUCAAAAGCACCCAAAUAUCAGUACUUUUUAUGUUUAAACAACAUCUAGACAUUUAAAUGUCUUUUAAAUCUCAUGUUCAGCUGUUUCUAUUGUUAUUAGAGGUGGAGGACCUGGUAGAAAUAAUUAUUAACUAAUCGACUAAUUGAAAAAUAAUCAUAAGAUUAGUCGAGUACUGAAAUAAUCAUUAGUGCAUAUGCAUAAUGCAUAUCACUGUAUUUUUCAAGAUUCUGACGGUUUCACAAUAUAUCACUGUAUUUUUAUUAUUUUUUUUGUAUUAUUUUUUGUAUGACUGGGAUUUACUAUAGGUUUAUGACUUACUGUACUGUUAGGAGUACUUAUAAUAUAAAACACUAAGCUUUAAAUUAAGGCUUUGAUUAAUAUAGGGUUUACUUUGUCCCACAAAAUUAAACAAUGUAUGACUUUAUUAUCAGAAAAACAGCUGAAGAAUGUAAAUAAUAGACCUUAAAAAGAGAUACGCCAACAAAUUAAAACAACUCACUUUUAAUAGUUCCAUAAACACAUAAAGGGGACAUAAAAUACUCAAUGUUUAAGUAUUCAAAGAGAUAUUAGACAUAAUACAUAAGUUUAAUAUAAAUUUACUAAGUUAUAUGUUAUUCCUGAAGCCAUUAGAGACAUUACAGUAUUUAAAGCCCCAAUUCCCUUCUUUCUCUAGUCAAAUAAUACAUUUAAAUCAUCCUUCAAGCUACAGUAUUAAUACAUUUAUUAGGGCUAUAGUUACUGCUCUAUUUUACUGGAAUAAAAAUACUCAUACAGUGAGAAAAAGAGAAGCAGGAGUUGUUCUGAUUUCUCUCCAGAGCUAGACCAGCGUUUGACUCGGCUGUGUGUGCUUCUCUGAUGGUGCUGUUCCGCAUGGCGCUCCGCAGCGCCUCUAGUGGUAUGGCGGUAUGAGAGAAAUGCAUACCUGUCCUAGUUUCCCCCCGCGGUAAACAGAAUAAACCAGUAUACCACCAAGCACUAGUUGCAGCCCUACUUUAAACUGUUACUUCUUAAAAUCUUUAGAAAUCGCUUAAUAAAUCUUCAAAUCUGGACUUUGAUUGUGUGUCUGGUAUCCAGUCCUGGAUUUAGGGAUCCAUGGUGAAUCUGACAAUAAAUGGCCAAUCGAUUACAUCACCAGGUUCAAAUUUUAGGAUCUCUCAAAGAAACCUUUAUAAGACCUUUAUUUUGAAAAGUUCUCAGAAGAUUUGUACAACUCCUAAAAUAAAGGUCCUAAAAAGCUUCUUAAACAGGGUUCUUGCACCAUUUUAAAAGUCAAAUGUAAUGCUUUGUAGGACCUGUUUUAGACCCAAAAAUGUAGUCAUAUUUUCUUUGGCUGCCAGUGUUACUAUGCUAUCGAGCUCGCCACUAAUGUUAGCUAGCUCUCCGCUAACCUUAGUUCUCUCCCUGGUAACGUAGCUAACUCACAGCUAAUGUUAUUAUAUUAAAAUGUUAACUAGCUUUCCGCUAACCUCAGUUCUCUCCCCAGUAAUGUAGCUUACUGCUAAUGUUAUUAUGUUAGCUAGCUUGCCGCUAACAUUGGCUAGCUCUUUUUUCGCUAACCUUAGUUCUCUCCCCGGUAACAUAGCUAACUCACAGCUAAUGUUAUUAUAUUAGCAUGUUAACUAGCUUUCCGCUAACCUCAGUUCUCUCCCCAGCAAUGUAGCUAACUUCUAAUGUUAGUAUGUUAGCUAGCUUGCCGCUAACAUUGGCUAGCUCUCUUUACGGUAAAGUUAGCUAACUCACUGCUCACAAAGUUAGUAUGUGCUUUCCCACCGGCAUUAAACACACAGUCUGAAUAUUUAAUACCUACAGCAAAUUUACAGUAAAUUUAAGACAAUUUAUUUUAACUUAAUUACCCGGAUUUGAAUUUAAGACAUUUUAAGACUUUUUAACAACCUGUGGGAACCCUGUUAAAGGUUAACCCUCCAUUCCCUUAAAGAAGCCAUGAACCUUUAAUCUAGUUUCUCGAAACAAAAGACCCCUUUUUAAACAUUGAAAUCUUCUUUGAAUUCAUAUUUGCUACUUUACUGAAUUUUACACAAAAGUGGUUCUUCUUUUGCAUCACUCGAAUAUUUUUUUGAGUUUUUUUGUAGCACCUUUAUAUAUUUUAUAUAAGGGUGUACCUGUCCUUCUUCCCUCCACCUCACUCUUACUUAUCAGCGAGUGUCCCAGACCAUACGAUAUGAUGAUGCAACAUCCUGGUGCUGCGCGAGAGUGAACAAGUGACUGUGAACCCAGCCUCAGCACCCCAAACCCCAGAUAAUAUUGUGCCCCGGUAUAGCUGUACUGUGAAGUAGACGUUUAUGAGUGUAAUUGUUAAACUGUUUGAGCCCAGCCCCCGCCCCGUUCCUUAUACCCUGAUUCUGAAUUAUUCUGGUAGUGUAAACACUAAAGUGUAUUAUUGAUAUUUAUGGAUGUUGCUGCAAUUUCUAAAUCACGUUGGAUUAUUUUGUUUUGUUUUUUAUUAUUUUAGUCUUCCUGAUUCGUUCCCAGAACAAUAAGGAAUAAAAAAAUUACAUUAAUAUGCAAUACUUGCUUGCACUCAUGUAGAUGUUCUCUCUUUUUUUUUUUCUUUUGCCAAAGUUAGUGUUGCACUUGCCUGGCUGGAGGUUGGAUGUAGGUCAGUGUUGGAUUAAAUCCCACUUGAGACAUCCUCACCAGCCUGGGCCGGGUUAUACUUUCUUUGUGUUUGAUUUACAGUAAGCGUACUUACUGUAACAGUACUUACUUUUUAAUUUUUUGGAUUUUUAUUAGUUUCUUGGUUUCGGUCACAAGCAAGCCUUAAAAUAAGGAAACGUCCUCUCCGACACAACAAUCCACUUUUCAAAAACUUAAAAACGCAGGAUUUUCUCCAGCAUUACACAUUUAAAAAAACAAAAACACACCCACUUUAAUAGAAAAACGUCCAUGUUCUAUUAACUGUUUACGUUUAUUAACUGUCUGUUAUUGUCUAUUGCAUACAUAUAUAUAUAUACAUAUAUAUAAAUAUCAUUUACUAGCAAGUUAACCAGAGUUAAUUUGAUUUGGGGAAAACAAAAAUAAAUCCCAACAGUCUUGACAAGACACAAUACAAUACUGUUAAAAACAACUAGUUACACUUGUUGUGUGGGUUGUCUUUUCUUAUUUUGUAUUAGCGUGACUUUUAUUUUUAUUUUAUUUUUUUUCCAUUGUUCUUGCCUACCCUUUAGUGAUGAGUUGGGCAUUAAUUUCUUAAUUAUCUGCACUAAAUAUAUUGAAACAAUGGCAAUUGUGAGAAUUAAAAACUCAAAAAAAUCAAAAACUAUAAAAGGAAAAAAAAAUAAACAGCUUCCAGGGCUUCAAGAGAGCGAAGGGAAUAAAAUAAAUCGAUUGCACGGACAUUUUUUUUGUGUUAGAAAAAAAAAACCUGUUUAGAGCAGCCUAGCAUCUAAUCAGCAAGAUAUGUGGCUGUGUGUAAGAUAAUGACAAAAUUGCACCCUUUUUAAAGAAAGACAAAAAAAGAGAAAAAGAAUAUAAAAGCAAUAGUUUGGGCAGUCUGUUUCGUUCUCGUGUUUGUGAGUGUCAUUUUUAGUUGUCGUUCUUUUUUUCCGGAGGAGGGGGGGUGCGCGGAAGUGGUGGGAGCGGUGGGGAGAAGCUGAACAAAUGGGAAUUCAGACGGAGGAGAGGAGAGUGCGAGGACACGCCUCUCUCUGAGUGUUGGGAGAUGUGUUGUUUGUAUAUUGUAUAGUUUUAUUAAUUACACUGAUUUUAAAGCUGCCCUAUUUUAUAAUGCAGGACUUUUGUAACAUUGAUUAAAUGAGGAAAAAACUAGUGUUGUGAAUUUUCUCAUCGUUUGUAAUAAGGCCACAUUAAUAGAACUGGUUUUUGUUUGUUUGUUCUCUGGGGAACUGGAUUUAAGUUGAAAACUUUCCUGUUUCCGAUUUUUUUCCCUUUUUUUUCUUUUGCUUUUCUCGUUUUUGUAUGUAUUUAAAGACUUGUUUUUUCUUUUUCUUUUUGUUUCUUCUUUUGAUGGUAUAGAGUAUUCCUAUACUUGAAAAGUAUAAGGUAUUGAGGUGAAAGCCCCAUUGUAAAUGGAUGUUACAAGUAUGCUUGCUGUAUGUUUUUGAAGGUUCUUUGUUGCAUCAGUGUUGAUGAAGCUAAAUCUAGGUAAUUCUGAGGAUUGUUGGUAAGAAAAGAGAGCGUUUUUAUGCAUUUUAAAAUUAGUUUUAGGCAGAAGACAAUGACAUAGACAGCCAAAGGAUGCCCCUAUUAUAAAUGCAUCUAGGCAUCUUUUUUGUGUUCACCAUUCCAUGCAGGAAAAUAAACAGCUUGAUAUGCAA